AUGCGUAACAACACAUGGCGUCGCACCGACAGGCCUACAUACACAGCCCCUGUCAUCGGCUUCAAGUGGGUGUUUCGCAUUAAAAAGCAUCUUGACGGCACUGUACAGAAGUACAAGGUGAGGCUUGUCGCGAAGGGGCUGCGGGUUCCCCAGUAUGACUUCAAUAAUGCUUUUCUUAACGGUGACCUAGAGGAAGAGACCUUUAUGACUCAGCCUGAAGGAUCGAUCUCAUCUGCUUACCCUCAACAUGUCUGUCAACUCCAGCGAUCCCUCUAUGGCCUAAAGCAGGCUCUAAGAGCCUGGUUCACAAAACUAAAGCACACCCUUCACUUAUUUGGCUUUCAGAACACCAAAUCAGACACUACGCUCUUCACUAAGUUCACCGCCAUCUCAGCUACAUUCAUUUUUGUGUAUGUUGAUGAUAUCUUAGUCACUAGCUCCUCUGACUCUGAAAUUCAGGACCUGAAAUUCACCUCUCAGACCAAAUAUGUCACAGACCUUCUCCAUAAAGUUGAAAUGUCCAAUGCAAAACAUAUGCCUACUCCCAUGACCUCUGGUCUGAAGCUGUCAGCCCAUGGAGGAGAACCCUUCUCCAAGCCAGCCCUAUAUCGAUCCCUUGUUGGUGGGCUCCAAUAUGCUACAAUCACACGCCCUGAUAUCUCUUAUGUCGUCAAUAAGGUCUCUCAGUUCAUGCAUUAUCCUCUUGAAAGUCAUUGGAAGGCAGUGAAGCGAAUUUUAUGCCAUCUUGCUGGAACAGUUCACCAUGGUCUUCGCUUCCAAAAGUCGAAAGAUUGCAGACUUUACGGGUUCUGUGACUCGAACUGGGGAAGUGAUGUGGAUGAUAGGAAAUCAACCAGUGGAUUUUGUGUGUACCUAGGACCAAAUCUUGUCUCUUGGUCCAACCGAAAGCAAACAACAGUGUCCAGAAACUCUACAGAGGCAGAGUACAGAAGCCUUUCUGCAGGACUCACAUAA